ACGAACCGGAUACAGAGGGUGUGCGUGACAGCGGCAAAAAGGAGAGAUAAAAAAUUCUCAAGACGCGCAAAAGGACAAGUAUUAUUCGCCCGUCGUACGCGAAUCGCUACGCGAAUUCUUGAACGCGCGACGUGCGUGCGCAUUCGAUCACGAUAUACAGUGGUGGCAGCUGCUUCUACGAUGCAAAUUCCCCCUAAUUGCAGAUCGCAGUUCGCCGAUAACGCGUUUACGGAAAGCUAAUAAAUUUCUCUAAUAACAGGUCGCGACAAGAAUUUAUAAUGAAGAAAUUUACGUGGCCGGUUACUUCGAGUGCGCGUUGUGUAUAUAGAUCAUCUUCACGCGACCGCCAUUUUCUCCUUUGGAACCGAGUUUGAUCUUGGCCGUAUUUCUCUGGGAGCUGAUCGAUAUACCAGGUUAUGGUUAUUCUCGUAUAACGUGAAGUAUUAACGAAAGUUUUUGACGCAUAAGUGUAUCGGCUAACCUCAAAAAAUAAUGGGAAUAGUAAAAAAGUGAAUGGUUUCAAGAUAAAGGAAUCAAAUACUAUUUGGAUAUGGAUGAAAGUUGAUACAUCUACAUUGGCGUUGUCAUCUGAAUUGAUCGUUAUUCUUCGAUGUUACUCUCUGAGCACAUGGAAAUCAUCUUAAAGAUACGGUUGCGUUGAGAAUGCUGGAACUGGUGGUACCGCAGCACGUAGUCCGUGGUCAAAAUAUCAAGUUAGAAUGCAACUUCAAUCUAGACGGUGAAACGUUGUACUCGGUGAAAUGGUACAAAGACGGAAACGAGUUCUAUCGAUACGUACCACAGGAAAGGCCGCCUGUGCUCGUUUUUCAGCUGCCAGGUGUCACGGCGAACAUUCACAAUUCGACCGAAAGAUCGGUCGUUCUCCAUUCUGUGAAUUUAAUGAGUACUGGAAGAUACAGAUGUGAAGUGUUAGCGGAGGCGCCAUAUUUCCAAACGGUUUCCGAUCACUCGGACAUGCUGGUAGUGGCUCUGCCGGAAGACGGUCCUAUUAUCACUGGUAGACCAGGAAGACAUCGUUAUCAAGUCGGUGAUGUGGUUCGGUUCAAUUGCACUUCGGCGAAAUCGAAACCAGCUGCCAUACUCAGCUGGUUCAUCAACGGGGAGCCUGUUGACACGCAAUACUUGAGAGGGCCUCACAUCACCGAGGUGGAUCGUGAGGGUUUGGAAACGGCUGUGCUAGGUCUGGAGUUUCGUCUGCGUACGAAGCACUUCAAGAGGGGUGAUCUGAAGAUCAAAUGCCUGGCAACGAUAGCGACUGUAUAUUGGAAAUCGAACGAGCUCAGCAUAGAGGGUGAAAGGCCCCUCAAGAUGCCCGUUAUGGAGAGCAGGGAGACAAGGGCGCAAGGCCAUACGCAUGCGGAACAUAUCUUAGGAGGAAGCGGAAGCAACAUGUUAGCACCAUGCAUCUUCCUUCUGAUGACAAGUAUAUUAAUUCUACGAUAAGAAGACUCAAGAUGUGGUGCAUCGUCCUUUUCGUGCUCAUCCUUUUCAAGUCUCCUCAAAUCGUGACAUAUGGAGACCUCUGGUGUACUAAAUUAUCCGUGUUGUUUCUAUUUUUUAUAAUCGCAGUUAGUGAAGUUAGUGAGAACAUAGACAAGAGAAUAUACUUAAUAAAAAUAUAUGUCAGUAUGUUAUAAAGUUAGAGAAUGAAAAGACGGGUGUUGUAAAUUCGUACUUGCUGAAUCACUUUAUAAAUCUCUGUGCAUCUUCCAUCAAUUUGUAUACUUUUGACGCUUUUUCUCUAUAUACUGCCUCUUUGUACAAACUUGACAUAUCUCUGAAAGUUUUAAAUUUAAAUUCUAAAUUUUAGAACUUAAAAUAUUUUUAUAUAUUUAAUUUAAAAUCCUUAAAUUUGAAAUUUAAAAUUCUAGAUUUUUAUAUAAGAUGCAUAGAAAUUUAAGGAUUCAUUAAAUAUAUCAUCAAAUGGUUACUUGAAAAAAAGAUUUUAUUCAAUUGUUGAUACAAGAAAACAAAGUUUAAAAAACAAACUCGAUUUAUAAAUCUACGUUUUGUAUCUUCAAAUUCUUGAAAUUGCCACUCUAUGUACUUUUCUUUCCUUCUCUUUUAUUAUCUUUAAAUGUUAAGGAAAUCACAAAAUGAAUGAACAAAUAAUAAUCAAUAACAAUGAACGAAUGAAUGAACGAAUGAAUGCCGAGCAUAUUUAUAUUCUAAUUGUACACGAGUGUUUCUAUUGUCCAGUCGCAUGAAAGAGCAAAAAACAUUUUAAUUCGGUGAGAGUGUUCUUGACAUAGCUUUUAUCAAUCUAGUCGCUAUUAAUCAACUGCAAAGAUAUGUAUGUUAUUCUAGAAAUUAUUGUGAAUCGUGUGUACGCGUGUGAAUGUAGAGUGUAUUUUACCAAAGAACAUUUUAUGCUAAAUAACAUUCCUAAUUGUUAAUUACAAGUGAAAUACACAGAGUGAGUUGGAAAACCACUCUUUGCAUAUCGUAUUUUACUGUAAGAAUGCACACUGUACAUAUGUACAUAAAUUGAACUUUUAUCUUUAACUUAACGUUCUGAUAAAUAAAACGACAUUUACGUCGAUGGAUCA